GGGAAAAAUCCAGGGUCACCCCGUAGACACUGCUCCUUCUUUUCCCUCCUACUUACACUUCUCUCUCUUCUUUUCUCCCCGCCCCAAAAUCGAAGUCAGCCACCAAAGGAAAGGAGGGUUGUGUUGAGGAAGAGGGAAGAAAAGGGGAGGAGAGAGAGACAUAAGGAGUGGUGGGGAGAGGGUGGGAAGAGAAAGAGAGAAAGAAGGGAAGUGAGAAGGAAGCGCUCAGUCGGUAGGAAAGAAAAAGAGGAAGGAAGAUUCCAGGAGACCUUGCCCCACACUCGCACUGCACCGCGCAGGGGCAGGAUUGAGUCUAGGGACAGCCAAAGACCAGAGCUCCCCUGGGGGUGCCCGGGACUGGCAAAGGGGACUGGGCUACUGCAGCUGCAGCCACUGCCGGGGAGUGCACGUGGGCGGUGGCUCUAGCAGUGGUAGCAGCAGAGGCUGCUGAAGCUGGACUAGGGAAGUAGGACGUGGUCCUGGGUUGGCACCUCUCCCCCUUCGGAAGGGGAAGACAGAACAAGGCAGGGCAAGAAUGCCCCUCGGCUGCCGGUAGAGUUAGGGAAGCUAAAGAAGCACUAGGUUGAGGUGGGGGUGGGGAGUGAGAGGUCCUCUCUUGUCCCCUCUGCUGUCUGGACCCCAUGUUUCUGUUCCGGGAUUACCGAGCCCUUUGGAAGAAGACAGAGGGGACUGGAUUCCCUCUCUUCAGCGGAUCCUUGCACCUCUAAUCCUCCUCGCAUCCUCCAAAUCUAGGACCUAGGCGUCUGCAGGGAUGAGGAGAUACCCAGUUCUGGUUCCUGUUCUCCUAACCUGCUGGGGCUUGCUGCCAGUGUCUGUGAAUAGCAUUCACCCAGAAUGCAGAUUUCACUUGGAAAUCCAUGAAGAGGAAGUCAAAUGUAGAGAUCUGUUACGUGCCCAAACAGAAUAUAAAGCAUGUAGUGGAGUCUGGGAUAAUAUUACAUGCUGGCACCCUGCUGACAUCGGAGAGACCGUCACAGUUCCUUGUCCAAAAGCCUUCAGCCAUUUUUACAACAAACCAGGAAAUAUCAGCAAAAACUGUACUAGUGAAGGCUGGUCAGAGAUGUUUCCAGAUUUUAUAAGUGCCUGUGGCUAUAGUGACCCUGAAGAUGAUAACAAGAUCACUUUCUAUAUCCUGGUGAAGGCAAUUUAUACCUUAGGAUACAGUGUCUCUCUGAUUGCUCUGACAACUGGAAGUAUAAUCCUUUGCCUAUUCAGGAAACUGCAUUGUACCAGGAAUUACAUCCAUUUGAACCUUUUCCUUUCCUUCAUCUUGAGGGCUAUCUCUGUUUUAGUCAAGGAUGACAUCCUUUAUUCUAACUCAAGCACUGUCCACUGUCCAGACCAACCAUCUUCAUGGGUUGGCUGCAAGUUGAGCUUGGUGUUUUUCCAGUACUGUAUCAUGGCAAAUUUUUAUUGGCUCCUGGUGGAAGGACUUUACCUUCAUACACUCCUUAUGGUUAUAUUUUCCUCAAAUCGACAUUUCCUGAUAUACCUUCUGAUUGGAUGGGGAAUCCCUACAAUCUUUAUUGUUGUGUGGAUUGUGACAAGAAUCUUCUUAGAAGAUAGUGGUUGCUGGGAUACAAAUGAACAUCGUAUUCCCUGGUGGGUGAUACGAUUACCAAUUUUAAUUUCUAUCAUCGUGAAUUUUUUCCUUUUCAUUAGUAUUAUAAGAAUUUUACUGCAGAAGUUAAGAUCUCCAGAUGUUGGUGGCAAUGAUCAGUCACAGUACAAGAGACUCACCAAGUCAACGCUGCUGCUCAUCCCUUUAUUCGGAGUCCACUAUAUGGUUUUUGCUGUAAAUCCCACUGGCAUUUCUACCAAAUACCAGAUACUGUUUGAAUUGUGUCUUGGAUCAUUCCAGGGUCUGGUUGUCGCAGUUCUGUACUGUUUUUUGAACAGUGAAGUACAAUGUGAGCUAAAGAGAAAAUGGCGAGGCUUGUGCCUGAACCAGUCCAUGAGCCGGGAUUACAGGCUCCACAGCUCUUCCAUCUCUCGCAAUGGCUCAGAAAGUGUCUUGCAUUUCCAUCGGAAUUCCCGAGCCCACUCCUUCCUGCAGACCGAAACCACAGUGAUAUGAGCAACAACGUCCAGCUGCCCAUGUUUGCUAAAAAAGCUCAUGAAAGACUAUAUGAUAUCCUAUGCAGCCAAAUGUGGUAUAUUUGUCUGAUAUGCUGUGUGUGCUUUUGCUCCCCCCCCCCCCACAUCCUCCAUCUCUUUGUCUGGAAUAGCCUCAUUCUGUAAGCUAUUGGCAGCUCAGCUCUAUAGAGACUCCAAGCUUUAACUUAGUCCCACUCACGUUGCAUUCUCAUGUGAUAUUGUCAUAUAUCUGGAUCUGAAAGCUAAUUAUGGCUAAACUGCAGUAUUUAAGUUUGUUUUUUGUGCUUCGGGGGGUUUUUGGAAAGAGCUUCAGACCUAGAAUGUGUAUCCAUUAUUAAAGGGAAAAGAGAAGGGAGGGAAAAGAUUCCUGACAUAUCCAGGUCAAGGUUGGUCAACUACUGCAAGAGGGGUCCAGGAGCUAGAUCCUGCCUUCUUCAUAGCUCAUAAUGGUUUCCCAUGGACCCCAAUGGCGACUUUGCCAGCCUCCCUACUCGAGCCUUUAGGUUAAGCAUGGAGAAAAGGAUCCCUUCAUCUUUUAUGAGAAAUACUGGUUGGAUUCAGACCUACCUCAGUGAAAUCUGUGCCCUAAAAGACAACAUUGUUCUCUGGUGUACAUGGCAAUCAUGGCAGCCUGUUAUGGUAACUGGCUUUUAGAAACCAUAUGAUGAUAUACCCCUAAUGUUAAUAUCAAAAUGAACCCUAAAGAAGGCAAGUAAUCCAAGUUUGGUUUUAUCACUCCCAGACUUCUCUGUCAGCCCCAUUUCUCAACUUGCAGUGGGCCCUCACUUCUCCUCUGCCUGCUUAUCACUAUCAGGCUACCUAGGGCUCCCACAGUGUAAUCUUCUCUGGCUUUUCUCCUCUUAUGGAGUGUCCAGUAUCUCAGACUUUUCCUUUUCCUUUUCCUUUUCCUCUCUCUCUCUCUCUCUCUCUCUCUCUCUCUCUCUCUCUCUCUCUCUCUCUCUCUCUCACACACACACACACACACACACACACACACACACACACACACACAAAAUUAACUUAUCUCUUGACUCACCCCCAAAUGGGUUUCCUCUCAGAAAAAUAAUCAACUGAUUCUUAGUUGAUUAAUAACUGAAAAGAAUUUGGUAUUAUCCAUCUUGUGUGUAUUUACUUUGUAAACAGGAGUUUCUAGUCCUUCUCUCCUGUUAAAUCUUUAAUGAUGGGAUUUGGGGCAUUGUAACAGGUAGAAAGAUAAGAUGUUUAGGGUCUAGGGGAGUGAAAUUCCCCCUCAUAUCAUAUACCACUAGGCAUGAUCAUAUUUUGCCUAUGUAAGAAGCCAACUUCAGCAUAAAUACUCAAUUUAAAUGUGAAGAUAUAUAUCACAUCCAAGAUAAUAUCAAAAUAUCAAGGAAAGCAACUAAAAGGGUGAUAAUGGGAGGGAGGAAGACUCUUUGAAACUCUUUGUCACACUUCAAAAUUGCUUGUAAGUGGAGAAUUAUUAGACCAGAACACAAAGGGGAAAAUUGUCUAUACUUUCAUUUGAUAAAUACUAUAUCUGUAAUCAGCAGUCAGAAUUUGUGGAUUCUGUUGUAUACAGAGAAAUUGGGGGUUUUCUGACCUGAAAGAAUUAGAGGAGGGCAGCAGCCCCAGUGGGAAGGGGUAGACACUGUAAAGGGCACAGUUGUUUAUGCUAUGUGGAUGGCAUACCUGUCUUGGAAGGUCAUAUUUCACACAAAAUGAAAUAUGACAAGUCUUGCUCAAGGUUCUUAGUUUUGUUUUUAGAAGAAAAAUUUUUCUUACAGAGGCAAGAGCAGGGGUUCUUAACCUGUAAAGACUCCUAGGGAGGUCCAUGGAUUGAUUUCAAAGGGUCUGUGAACUUCGAUGGGAAAAAAUAUCUAUCUUCAUUUUCAUUAACCUCUAACUGGAAGUUAGCAUUUCCUUCAAUUCUUUAAAAAUGUUAUUCUGAAAAGGGAUCAGAGGCUUUAGUAGACUGCCUGAGGGAUAAAGCACAUGAAAUGCUUUAGAAAAAACCUCUGGAUUAGAAGUGACUGAUGGAAACAGUGACAGAAUGAUGAGGAAGUCCCUCAAGAAAGAUGGAAGUAUUUAGGAGAGUUGAAUAAGUCAUUCCCUCUUUCCUUCCCAAGGCUCUGAACCUCACUACUACUAUCAUCACCACCAUACACUCAACCAUGUUAGGUAUCCUGAAUUUUCCAGCCUUCCAAAUCCUUCAGAAGACACUCAUCUCAAAGUUCAUAACCACAAGUAAGCAAAAACUUUAAAUCACAUUUUGCAAAAACAUGAAAUUUUAUUAUAAUUUUCUCACACUGUGUUCAGAGGUUCAAGUUACAUGGCAAAUGAUUUCCAGAAGAUAAGCCCUCUUUUUUAUAAAAUAAAUCAGGAUUAGGGUCCUAUGAAAUGGAGCGACAAAAGAGAGCUAAGGUGAGCAAUGAGGAAAUGAUAGGCUGAAAGGGAUGAGGGCAAUGGAGUAGCCUUGAGGUAGGGGUGAGGUAGGUAGGGGGGUGGUCAGUGUUUCAUCCUGUCUUUCAUGCAUUAGUUUCUCAUGUUUUCUGAGAGGUGCUUCCAUUGCCUGGGGUGAGUAGUUGAAGACCAUGAGGAUCUCAGCAAUUCCUUACAAGUCAAUCACUUUUAUUCCAUAAAAUCCACAUUUCCAAUAAACUGGGGUUAGGUAAAAAUUGUAUUUUACUAUGCCAGAAUGAUAGUGUCUUCAAUAUAAAAAUCAUAUAGGAUUUUUAUGUGACAGAAUGUUAUAAUCAGCUCAGGAAAACAAUGCUACUGUGGGAAAACCAUUAACUCAUGGAACUAGCUUCUUGACAUAGAACUGGAUGUUAUAAGAACAUGAUUUACUUCAUUAAAAUUGGAUUUUGAUUUAUGCUUUACCUGAAUGGACUGGAGAAUAAUUGGGACAAAAGUUUUUGAGUGUGGGGCAGGGUGAGGAAUUACUCUAGAAUGGGUAUGAGGCUAGGCUAUCUAGAAGAUUGCUUUCAAUCCCUUAUUUUUCUCUAGCUUUAAGCAGGGCAGGUACCAGAGUAAUUUUUAACCAGCCUAUUAAAACUAUCUCCAUAGCCUGAGUUCCCUGCAAGAGAAAAAAGUGGGAUAGUGUUCUACCCCCCCUUACCCUAAGAGAACAGGCAAAUAAAAUAAAAGAAGUAGUAGGGACAUUAGAGGGCAUAUAAUUCAACCCUUUCGUUUUAAAGAUGAGGAAACUGAGGCCAUGGGGGAGUGAAAUUACUUGCCAAAGUGCAUACAAAUUUAAUAGGUCAAAAGUAGGGUUUGAACCCAGGCUAUCUGACCACAGAGCCAAUGCUCUUAGAAGACAUCAUCAGAGAAUACAAAUAUAGGACCCUGAGCAAAUCAUUUCUCUUUUUUGUUCCCAUCUUGUACAGCUGAAUCAUAGAGGCAUCAGAUUGAUCUCUUCCAGCUCAAACAGACUCUUAAGAUUUUUGUAAAUCUGAAAAGCUUCUUUUCAUUGAUUAAAGGUCUUGUCACACUUCAGAAGUAUAUACGAAACCUAAAUAGGGAAAAUUCUGUUCAGUUAAAUAUUUGCCAAGACAAAGAGGAAGCCCUCUUCUGCUUUUGUCCUGUUCAGUAAAUGGAGAUUAUAAAAUAAGUGCAAUAUUUACUUACAGGAUAGUUUAUUUUGAAUGGCUGUAGAUGCUUAAAUACUCAGUUUUUUUUUUUUAAUCUGGAAUGUAUAAUUGGCAAUUGUAAAAAAAGCCCAUCGUGUUGAAAAUAUUUUCCAAGCUUAAUGAACCAUUGAUACUUUCAAUAUAACACAAUCUCAUAUAUGUAAAUUGACUAAGAAUGUCACCCUAAGUGGACUCAGAAGGAUCUGAAAAGUGGGAUGUAUGAAGCUACUGACAAGUAAAAGAUUAAAAAUACUCAGAACACAAUUAGAGAUCACACAAUGAAUUAGGGUAAAGGUAGCGCUUUUAAAUUACCAAAACCAUUCUAACAAACUUCAGGAAUCUCCAGAUUGUUUUGCUGUAACAAAAAAAAAAUGGAACCCAUUGCCAGAAUAACAUUUCCAGACAAUAGAAAUUGGAAAUAAAGCAAGGGUCUCAAACUUUCUAUAAUGAAUGAAUAGGUAAAACAGUUAUUUGUGUACAUGGUUUUUUUUUAAUCCUACUAGAUUGCAAGCUCCAUGAGAACAGAGACUGCCUUAUUCUUUGUAUCUCCUCCAAGUACCUUGCAUAUAGUAAGUGUCCAAUAAAUAUGCACUGAAUGGAAAUGAAAGAGCAAAAUGCAUACAGAAAGAGGCUUCCCCCCCCAUUCUGUACCUUGCCCCCCUCCAAAAAAAAUCCACAUCCACUCUAUAAUAUUUUUACCUUUUCCUUUUCCUAGCUCAUGAAUCUUUGUGUGGGUGUCUUGGAAAUUUAAGAACACUCUGAUUAGAUGGCUAAGAUGUAUAAAGUCAGAAAAGGGUUAGUGAAAUUUAAAAGUGAUUAAUAUUUAUAACAGGACCAAAGAUAAUGUAAAAAAGAACUCAGCUGUAGUUUGGCUCAUUUCUACUCACCCUGCCUACAAUGUGACAAGUCAAUUGCAUGGCCAGGGAAAAAAAGAAAAAAAAACUUGUAUAACAUUAUGUGUUGUAUAAAACUUAUUGUAAUAAAAUCAAUAAAGCAUUGUUUAUGUGAGACCA